AUGCUCACCAAAACCAUUAACGGCAUCGAGAUAGCCUACGAUGAGUCUGGCUAUACAUCAGGACCGCCUAUUGUACUUCUAACAGGAUGGGCACACGAUAUGGGCCUCUACGAUGAAAUGCUGCCACUACUUGUCCCGACAUACCGUGUGAUCCGGAUGUGCUGGCGUGGGCAUGGUCCAAACCGCAACGAUAUACCCGACUUUGGAGUUGAGGAACAAGUACAGGACGUUAUUGGCCUCCUUUCAGCAUUGGAAGUUAAUGAAUUCUACUUGGUCUCUCACUCGCACGGUGGCUGGCCAGCUCUCGAACUUGCCGAUCGAUUAGGCAAGGACAAAGUCUUAUGCCUCUUAAUGAUCGAUCAAAUUAUGACACCACCUCCCCCAGCAUUUGCAGAAGGUCUGCAGGCCAUGCAGGGCAAAGACACCUGGCUCAGGGCUCGCCAGGAGUUGUUCGAGCACUGGCUUUCCGGCAGCACGAAUAAGGCCGUAUACGACCAUUUCUACUACAAUAUGGGAAGCUUUGGAUAUCCGAUGUGGUCCCUUUCGUGUCGGGUCAUCGCUACGGCAUACAAGGCACACGGGAGUCCAAUGGACAGAAUGAGCAAGAUCAAGAACCCACCGCCGAUCCGGCAUAUCUUUUCGCAUCCACGCCAAAAUACUGAGUAUCGAUCACUACACGAGAAUUUUGCAUCAAAACAUCCUUUUUUUUCACAUGCCGAUCUGGAGGGAGAAACACAUUUUCCAGACCUAGAGAUUCCGGAGAAGACGGUUGAGCAGAUUGAGGAUCUGAUUCAGAGUAUUAAUGAUGGUGCAGUCAAGGUGAAUGGCACCAGUUAG